AAAAUAUAAUCUUGACUUAUUUUAAUUUAAUUAAAAUAAAGUCUUAAUUUUUAUGUUCAUUAUUUGCUUAAAGUAUGUUUGCAGCUACCUCCUUCCCAGUAAGACUGUCAUUGUGGGAGUUGGUUUUGUUAAAAGCCUUUGUCUAGGUACCUAAAGAUAACUAGAAAUCUUAUACCCCUCGAGGCUACAGCACAUUUGGUUGGAUGUUUCUGGAUUAACUUUAUGCAACAUACAGAAAACUUUUAAAAAACAAUUUAUUCAAAUAUAGAAUGUCUUUGACAGAUAAUUAGUCUUACUGGUUUCUAUCCUAACAUAAACCUUCCUUAGAUGACCCAGAAGAAUGUAUACUUUCAAUGUUGUUAAUCGUGCAGUAUGUUCAUAUCUGUGCACACUUUGUCCCAAUCCCCUGGUGAUUAUCAGAAGAUAACUGGUGUAAAAGGAGCCCAGACAAGAGCACUCUAUGGUUGUAAAGGAAUUCGCAAAGUUAACUGGCCUAGAAAAAAAAUAAGAAUUUGAUCUGAAGCAUGGCCUGGCACUUUAGUAUUGCUCUCUCUAGGACCCUACACAUCUUUCGCCUUCAGUUCUGAGUCACCCUUGCUAUUUGUUUUCUCUGUUUCUAUUUCUGGAUUGUGGAGGACUGCUAGAGAAAAUUAUGGGACUGGCUGUGGCAGAAUAAUCCCCCCAAGACGUCCACGCUCCUAAUGCCUGGAGUCUGUGAAUAUGUUGCCUUACGUUUGCGGACAUGGUGAAGUUACAGAUCUUGAGAUGGAGAGAUUAUCCUUGAUUACCUGGAUGGGGCAGUGUAAUCACAGGGAUCCUUCCGAGUGAAAGAGGGAGAGUCAAUGUCAGAGUGAUGGGAUGUGGGAAGGACUUGACCAGACAUUGCUGGUUUCUGAAGUUGGAAGGGACCAAGAGCUAAGGAAUGCAGCUGGCCUCUAGAAGCUGGAAAAGGCAAAGAAAUGAAGUCUCCCCAAGAGCCUCCAGAUUGUAGCCCAAACUCUUUUUAGACUUCUGGUCUCAAGAAUUAUAAGAUUAAUAAAUUUGUGUUGCUUUAAGCCACUAACUUUGUGAUAAAUUGUUAUGGUAGCAACAGGAAACAAAUGCAUGGACUUAUAUGGUUCUCUCCAACAUCAUGUAAUCCAGUUUUAUCUGAUCACUCAGUAUUCCUGCACUGUCUCUGAAUUGUCCACAGUUGUUUCCUCUCUUCUUUCUGUUUACACACUGUGUAGAUAAGCUAUUUUCUAUUUUACUAAAACUACCAAGACUAUCAAGCUUAAGUUGCUUGUCUACAAAGAUUAUAGGGUCGUUCAUUCCUUGACAGAACUUUCUCCUGGUCCUGCCACCUUGACUCUUGAGUAUGUGCUGUGUCUCUCUGUCUUAAAUAGAUCACUUGACAGGGACAGAUGGGAAUUAAGGAAACUAAUUGGGAAUCUCCAGUAAUAUAGUAUUGGUGAGAAUUAUGAGGGCAUGCAUUAGGACUAUGGUGGCUGAAAGAGAGUGGAGAUUUGAGAAACCUCAAAUCUGAGGGGCAGAUUCAAGAAACAUUUUGGAGAUAAACUUGUCAAGACUCUGUGACAGUUCAUUGUAGGGAAGAUUGAGAAUAACAGGUCUCUGUCACAUAAUGGGUACUCAAAUAUUGGUUAAAUGAAUGGUAAGUAAACGGAUUUUAAUGUCAACUGAGAUAGACAUAUAGGAAGGACAUCUAUUGUUGUGUAACAGAAUACUCCCAAAUUUAGCAUCUUAAAACAACAAACAUUUAUUAUCUCACACAGUUUCUGAGGUUCAGGAAUCCAGGUGUCACUUAGCUGGGAGGUUCUAGCUCAGGGCUUUUUGUGAGGCUGCAGUUAAGCUGAAGACUUGACUGGGGCUGGAGGCUCCACUUUUGAGUUCACUUAUAUGGCUGUUAGUGGGAGACUUUCAUUCUUCUCCACUUGGGCUUCUCCGUGGCAAGUAAUUCAAGAGGGUUGAGGGGGGAGAGAGAGACCAAGAUAGAAGCUUAUGGUAUUUUCAUAACAUAAUCUUAGAGUGACUGACAUAUCAUCACCUUUGCUGUGUUCUCUUGGUUACACAGGCCAACCAUGGUAUAAAUGAGGAGGUGACUACACAAAGAUUGACUACCAGGAGACAGAGGUCUUUGGGGGCCAUUUUGGAGGCUGGUUACCCCAGGUAAUAUAUGCUUUGAACACUAAAAAUGAUGAGCAUGAAUCUGCAAUUCAAGCCCUCAAAGAUGCUCAUGAAGAAGAAAUCCAACAAAUUCUUGCAGAAACAAGAGAAAAAAUAUUGCAAUAUAAAAGCAGAGUAACAGAGGAGUUAGACCUCAAGAGAAAGAUUCAGGUUUUAGAAGCAUCCUUAGAAGAUCACAUCAAAAUGAAGCAGCAGGCUUUGACAGAAUUUGAAGCGUAUAAGCACAGAGUAGAGGACAUGCAGCUUUGUGCAGAAGCCCAGCAUGUCCAACGCAUAGUAACCAUGUCUAGAGAGGUUGAAGAGAUUAGAAGGAAAUUUGAGGAAAGAUUACGGAGUUUUGGACAACUCCAAGUACAGUUUGAAAAAGACAAAAGGUUGGCAUUGGAAGAUUUGCGAACUGCUCACAGACGGGAGAUCCAAGAGCUGCUGAAAUCACAGCAGGAUCACGGUGCCUCAGUCAACAAAGGGCAGGAGAAGGUGGAGGAGCUGCGCAGAAGGGAGGUGGAGACCUUAAACAAAACCCUGGAAGAGCUGAGACUGGAGCGGAAGAAGCUCAUUGAGGAUUAUGAAGGCAAGUUGAAUAAGGCUCAGUGCUUUUAUGAGCAUGAGCUGGAUACUUUGAAAAGGUCACAGCUUUUUACAGCGGAAAGCCUGCAGGCUAGCAAAGAGAAGGAAGCUGAUCUUAGAAAAGAAUUUCAGAGCCAAGAAGCAAUUUUACGAAAAACCAUAGGAAAACUAAAGACAGAGUUACAGAUGGUACAGGAUGAAGCUGGAAGUCUUCGUGACAAAUGCCAGAAGCUUCAGAUAGCACUUGUUGCAGCAGAGAACAGUGUUCAGGUUCUUCAAAAACAGCUUGAUGAUGCCAAAGAGGGAGAGAUGGCCUUGUUAAGCAAGCACAAGGAAGUGGAGAGUGAGCUGGCAGCAGCCAGGGAGCGUUUACAGCAGCAGGCUUCAGACCUCGUCCUCAAAGCGAGUCAUAUUGGAAUGCUUCAAGCAACUCAAAUGACCCAGGAGGUUACAAUUAAAGAUCUAGAAUCAGAAAAAUCAAGGGCCAAUGAGAGAUUAUCUCAGCUUGAAGAAGAAAGAGCUUUUUUGCAAAGCAAAACUCAGAGUCUGGAUGAAGAGCAGAAGCAGCAGAUUCUGGAACUGGAGAAGAAAGUAAAUGAAGCAAAGAAAGCUCAGCAAGAAUAUUAUGAGAUGGAGCUAAAAAACCUGCAAAAUCGAUUGGAAGGGGAGUUGGCUCAAUUAAACGAGGCCCAUUCUAAGACUUUGGAAGAAUUAGCUUGGAAGCACCAUAUGGCGAUUGAGGCUGUCCACAGUAAUGCAAUUAAGGAUAAGAAAAAACUGCAAAUGGAAUUGGAGGAGCAAUAUAAAAAGGAGAAGCUAAGCCUGGAAGAGGAUAAAAAUCAGCUUCAACAAGAGCUAGAAAACCUGAAGGAAGAGCUGGAAGACAAGCUGAAUACAGCCAAUCAAGAGAUCGGCCGCCUCCAGGAUCUGGUAAGGAAGAGAGAACAGGGUCUUGGCUCUGCAGAAGGACUCAUUGCUAGUCUUCAGGACUCGCAGGAAAGACUUCAGAAUGAGCUUGACUUGACUAAAGGCCGGCUGAAGGAGACCAAGGAUGCUCUAUUAAAUGCUGAGGGUGAGCUAGAACAAGAAAGGCAACAGCAUGAAGAAACACUUACUGCCAUGAAGGAAGAGGAGAAGCUCAGAGUGGACAAGAUGGCCCACGACUUAGAAAUAAAAUGGACUGAAAAUCUUAGACAGGAGUGUUCUAAACUUCGUGAGGAGUUAAGGCUUCAACAUGAAGAGGAUAAGAAGUCAGCAAUGUCUCAACUUUUGCAGUUAAAAGAGCGAGAGAAAAAUGCAGCCAGGGAUUCAUGGCAGAAGAAAGUGGAAGAUCUCUUAAACCAGCGGCACUCUCUGGGUGAAGCUUUGCAUAAAUCUAUCAACAAUAUUUCCUUGCUGAAACAGAACCUGGAGAUGCAGCUUUCCCAGUCCCAGACUUCUUUGCAGCAACUGCAGGCCCAGUUUACACAAGAGCGACAGCGACUCACUCAGGAGCUUGAAGACUUAGAGGAACACCACCAGCAGAGACAUAAAUCCGUAAAAGAAGCACAUGCCCUUGCCUUUCAAACUAUGGAGGAAGAAAAGGAAAAGGAACAAAGAGCUCUUGAAAAUCAUUUACAACAAAAACAUUCUGCAGAGCUUCAGUCACUAAAGGAUGCCCACAGAGAGUCCAUGGAGGGCUUCCGGAUAGAAAUGGAGCAGGAACUUCAGACUCUUCGGUUUGAAUUAGAAGACGAAGGAAAGGCUAUGCUUGCUUCCUUACGCUCAGAACUAAAUCAUCAACAUGCAGCUGCAAUUGAUGUGUUACGGCAUAACCAUCAUCAAGAAUUGGCAGCUGCUAAAAUGGAAUUAGAGAGGAGCAUGGACAUCAGCAGAAGACAGAGUAAGGAGCACAUGUGUAGAAUAACAGAUCUACAAGAGGAGUUAAGGCACAGAGAGCAUCACAUCUCAGACUUGGAUAAGGAGGUACAGCACCUUCAUGAAAAUAUAAGUGCCUUAACCAAAGAAUUGGAAUUUAAGGGGAAAGAAAUUCUCAGAAUACGAAGUGAAUCUAACCAACAGAUGAGGUUGCAUGAACAAGAUUUAAACAAGAGACUUGAAAAAGAGCUGGAUGUCAUGACAGCAGACCACCUCAGAGAGAAAAAUAUCAUGCGGGCAGAUUUUAAUAAGACUAACGAGCUACUCAAGGAAAUAAAUGCAGCUUUACAAGUGUCACUAGAAGAAAUGGAAGAAAAAUAUCUAAUGAGAGAAUCAAAACCAGAAGAUAUCCAGAUGAUUACAGAAUUAAAAGCCAUGCUUACAGAAAGAGACCAGGUCAUAAAGAAACUAAUUGAGGAUAAUAAAUUUUAUCAGCUGGAAUUAGUCAAUCGAGAAACUAACUUCAACAAAGUGUUUAACUCAAGUCCUACUGUUGGUGUUAUUAAUCCAUUGACUAAGCAAAAGAAGAAGAAUGAUAAAUCACCAACAAACAGGUUUGUGAGUGUUCCCAAUCUAAGUGCUCUGGAAUCUGGUGGAGUGGGCAAUGGACAUCCUAACCGCCUGGAUCCCAUUCCUAAUUCUCCAGUCCACGAUAUUGAGUUCAACAGCAGCAAACCACUUCCACAGCCAGUGCCACCCAAAGAGCCCAAGACAUUUUUGAGUCCUCCUCAGAGUGAAGCUUCCCCGGUGGCUUCUCCAGAUCCCCAGCGCCAGGAGUGGUUUGCCCGGUACUUCACAUUCUGAAAGAAUUGUGUUGGCACAGCUCUGUGUGGACUGUUACUAAGAGCAUGACCUUAUACAGAUCAUUAUGUGAACAGGCUUUCCUAUGUCAAACACUGUGAAUGAGAAAGUAUUUGUCUCUCCAAUUUAAAAAUGCACUGUAUUUCCUGUGAUAUUUAUUGGAAUCACUCUAUAAGGUACUAUAUUAUAUGUGUAAUUAUAACAGUUAUUUUUAUUUGAGAUGGAAGAGUCUUUAACCUUUGUAAUUACUGCAUAAUAAAUUUUGUUAGAACAAA